UGCAGCAGCAUGCUUUUCCCUGAUAACUAGGCUGAGAGAGCACACCCAAACCAGACCACAUUGAGUCUGUGAAUUUUGAUAGCAACAAUGGCGGUGAAGGUUUACGGCGCGUACUACCCUUCAGCUCAGAGGGUGCUGGUGUGUCUCGUUGAGAAGGAAAUUCAGUUUGAGACACUCCCUCUUGAUGCCUUGAAGCAAGAGCAUCAGGAUCCUCACUACCUCAAACUCCAGCCAUUUGGAAAGAUGCCUGUAAUUCAAGAUGGUGAUUAUACCCUCUAUGAAUCUCGUGCAAUUAUCAGAUACUUGGCAGAAAAGUAUAAGAACCAAGGGACAGAGUUGUUGGGGAGGACAAUAGAAGAAAGGGGUCUGGUGGAGCAAUGGCUUGAAGUGGAAGCACAUCAGUUCCACCCACCAGUCUUGUACAACUAUAUCCAUGAUUAUUAUGGUGCUGCUCACCAUCUGCGUCUUAAUGACGACUCAGAAGUGGUUAAAGUGAAUAAUGAGAAGAUUGCGAAGGUGCUGGAUAUAUACGAGGAGAGGCUGUCAAGGAGCAAGUACUUGGCUGGUGAUUUCUUCAGCCUUGCUGAUCUGAGUCAUCUCCCAUUGGGUGCAUUCUUGUGGUAUCCAAAUCCGCGGGACGAAGAACUGGUAGAGAAGAGAGAGCAUGUGAGGGCUUGGUGGGAGGAUAUUAGCUCUAGGCCAGCUUGGAAAAAGGUGCAACAAGCAUAUCAAUACCCUGUGUUUGGGGAUCCAAAUUUUUGGUAGACACUCAACACCCAAAGGAAAAAAAAGGAAGAGAAGAGAGGAAAAUGAUAGAUGUACAUGUGAUCUAAUUGGAACAGAGGGACUGAGAGAACAAUUAACUGUAUCUGGAGUAUUGUUCUUGUUGGGUGUUUAAAAUUCUGAGAUUUUUUUGGAUGACUGUACCUACAUUCCAACCAUCUCAAGGUAUGGAUUGAUGAAAAUGAAAUACCUUUCCUGUCA